AUGGAAGUUGGUGUCGCUCUUGAGGACGACAGGCUCCACACAGACAACGUGCGAGACAAUGAGAGAGUGAUGGAGAGCCCCAGCAUUAUCUUGGUCCCUAGAGGCCGCAGACCCUUGACCUUACCCUCCCAUUUCAGAAUCAAAGAUGCAUAUCAAAAGGCUUUGUACUCACGGAACGGGCAGCUCCUGGUGGGAGACCCUGACUCAGACAACUGUAGUGCAGAGAAGAUCUGUAUCCUUCCUAACCGAGGCCUGGACCGAUCCAAAGUCCCCAUCUUCCUAGGGAUCCAGGGCGGAAGUUGCUGCCUGGCCUGUGUGAACACAAGAGAGGGGCCUUCCCUGCAGCUGGAGGAUGUGAACAUUGAGGACUUGUACAAGGGAGGCGAACAAACCACCCGUUUCACCUUUUUCCAGAGAAGCCUGGGCUCUGCCUUCAGGCUCGAGGCUGCUGCCUACCCCGGCUGGUUCCUCUGUGGCCCAGUUGAGCCCCAGCAGCCAGUGCAACUCACCCAAGAGAGUGAACCCUCCACCCGUACUGAGUUCUACUUUGAGCAGACUCGGUAAGGAGGCAUGAAGUUGAGGUCCAGCCGAGUGGCCCCCAAACUGAGCCCAUCUUGCUCAUAGUCUGC